UUUAACUUUUCGCUCCACCCAUGACAUAUUCGCGCUACAUAUUUACUUAGCCUGCUCCCACUAUGAAAGUUAUUUCCCGGUCAGAGGAGGAGAGACUGUGACAUCUUCAAACCAACAGCCCAAUCUGCUUUUCCAACAGUAGUCGGCGUGCUGAGCCAGGAGCUAACCAGCAGCCCUCUCUCUGUGAGACCUGGGACAGCGAGGCGAAGGGGAGAGCUCAUUCCACAACACGGCAGUCAUCCAUGGCUCUGUGCAACGGAGACAGCAAGCUGGAGAUCAGCAGCGCAGAGCAGAAUGGGUCAUGUGAAGGGGCGGUGGCGAUCCUCGAUGCCGGGGCGCAGUACGGGAAGGUGAUUGACCGAAGAGUGCGAGAGCUGUGUGUACGCUCUGAAAUCCUCCCUUUAGAGACCCCGGCCUUUGCUAUCAGAGAACAGGGCUUCAGGGCAAUAAUUAUUUCAGGAGGUCCAGCAUCUGUGUAUGCAGAAGAUGCUCCCUGGUUCGACCCUGCCAUAUUCACUAUAGGAAAGCCCGUCCUUGGGAUUUGCUAUGGGAUGCAGAUGAUGAAUAAAGUUUUUGGAGGAACGGUACACAAAAAGAGUGUAAGGGAGGAUGGAGUCUUCAGCAUUGGACUAGACAACACUUGCUCCCUUUUUAGAGGCCUUCAGAAGGAGGAAGUAGUCUUGCUGACCCAUGGAGACAGUGUGGAUAAAGUGGCAGAUGGCUUUAAAGUGGUGGCCCAAUCAGGGAACAUCAUUGCUGGGAUCGCCAAUGAGCAGAAAAAGCUGUAUGGGACGCAGUUUCACCCUGAGGUCGACCUGACGGAGCGAGGCAUGGAGAUGUUACGUAACUUUGUGUUUGAGAUUGCGGGCUGCACGAGCAACUUCACCGUACAGAGCCGCCAACAGGCCUGCAUCAGUGAGAUCAGAGAAAAAGUAGACAAGUCGAAAGUGCUGGUGCUGCUGAGUGGUGGAGUAGACUCAACAGUCUGCACAGCCCUCCUGAACAAAGCUCUGAACCAGGACCAGGUGAUAGCAGUUCACAUCGACAACGGCUUCAUGAGGAAGAGAGAAAGUCAGAGCGUGGAGGAGGCCCUGACCAAGUUGGGAAUCAAACUCAAAGUGGUAAAUGCAGCGCACACCUUCUAUAAUGGAACAACAACUCUUCCCAUCUCUGAGGAGGACAGGACACCACGGAAACGCAUCAGUAAAACAUUGAAUAUGACCACCAACCCUGAGGAGAAAAGGAAAAUUAUUGGAGACACAUUUGUCAAAGUGGCAAAUGAAGUGAUUGGAGAGAUGAAUCUGAAACCAGAAGAGGUUUUCCUGGCACAGGGUACCUUGAGGCCUGAUCUUAUUGAGAGCGCCUCUCACCUCGCCAGUGGUAAAGCAGAGGUCAUCAAAACACACCACAACGACACUGAGCUCAUCCGCAAACUCAGAGAUGAGGGAAAAGUAAUCGAACCGCUGAAAGAUUUCCAUAAAGAUGAGGUGAGAGCACUGGGGAGAGAGCUUGGCCUGCCAGAAGAGAUUGUUUCUCGGCAUCCUUUCCCUGGUCCUGGUUUGUCCAUCAGAGUGAUUUGUGCAGAGGAGCCUUACAUCUGUAAGGAUUUUGCUGAAACAAACAACAUUCUCAAAAUCGUUACAGACUUCUCUGCAAGUGUCAAAAAGCCCCAUGCCUUGCUGCAGAGAGUCAAGUCGUGCAUAUCAGAUGAAGAGGAGGAGAAGCUCAUGCAGAUCACCAGCCUUCAUUCACUCAAUGCCUUCCUGCUGCCCAUCAAAACUGUUGGUGUCCAGGGUGAUUGCCGGUCCUACAGUUAUGUGUGCGGUGUCACAAGUAAAGAAUCUCCACACUGGGAAUCGCUCAUGUUCCUGGCCAGACUCAUCCCUCGCAUGUGCCAUAACAUCAAUAGAGUUGUGUAUGUAUUUGGGUCCCAUAUGAAGGAGCCGCCAACAGACAUUACUCCAACUUUCCUGACCACGGGUGUUCUGAGCACGCUCAGACAGGCUGACUUUGUAGCUCACUCUAUUCUUAGAGAGUCUGGCUAUUCUGGGAAGAUCAGCCAGAUGCCGAUCAUCCUCACCCCCCUGCACUUUGACCGUGACCCACUGCAAAAGCAGCCAUCAUGCCGGCGCUCCGUGGUGAUUCGUACCUUCAUCACCAGCGACUUCAUGACAGGAAUCCCUGCCAUGCCAGGCAACCAUAUCCCAGAGGAGGUGGUGCUGAAGAUGGUAAAUGAGAUCAAGAAGAUCCCAGGUAUCUCCAGAGUCAUGUAUGAUCUGACCUCCAAACCACCUGGCACCACAGAGUGGGAAUAAAAUGCAAACAUGACAUCACAGUAUAGAGAACACACACACACACACACACACACACACACACACACACACACACAGUGCACAAACACAAUAGAUAUCAGUGAGGGCUGGUGAACUGCUCUCCUUUUCUGUCCUUCCAACUUUACUCCCCUCCCAGUCUCCCUCUGCUACCUCCCCCAUCUCUUCCCUUUAUCUUUAACAUUCCCACGGAAGGCAGACUGUACUGUGACAGGCGCACACACAAAGCCACUACUGCUCUGCUCUCCCCACCACUCUACCCCGGUCUUAAUAUUUUUGGCGAUAGGCAUUGAUAAAUCCUGGUUAUUGGUAAUAUAUUGUCUGUUUUUGGGGGUUUUUUGUUUUGUUUUUUUUUAAACCUUCAUGUACAACGGUGUAUUUCCUCGCUACAGUGAAAAGGUAAAUUGCUACUUCCAGGUGGCCAGAAGCUGUGAAAGUUCAGUGAGUGGACUUGGUGUUGUGCCUCAGGAUGAAUAAAACAUGAAAGAAAGCAAAUGGUAGUGUCAUUAAAGGAAAAACAGAAAGGGGUGGGGGGUUAAAAAUCUAUAGUGGUUUUCUUUUUUUUCCUUCAGAUGUUUUUGUUAAAUUCUUGUAGGUAGGUGAGAAUGUUCUCGACCUAAGACUAUCUGAUUUGUUCAUUUCACUUCCUACCAAAGGUGGUGUGAACAGUACAGCUGAACAGACGAGCUAUGUGACCAAUCAUCAUUUAAAAAAUAAUUUUUUUUUUUUGUUCGUUUUGUUUUAACAUAAGUAGAGUUUGCUGUAGUGAUCUGUUGUGGGCUCUUGACGAUCUUCUCCAAGCUAAUAUCGUUGACGAGCUGCUGCUGUCGCCCCAGUGGGCAGCAGUCGACCCAAGAAUAUCUUCAGUAUACGGACUAAUGUGCAGCUGUGGAGGAGGCCAAUAUGACGGAUAACUUUGUACGUGCCUGUUCUGUUGUUUUAUUUUGGUUUUUCUUUGUGUUUUGGUGUGACCUGACCUGGACUCUGAGGAUAUAACACUGUUUCUCCUCAUGCUGCAAUAUGUAUGCUUUUUAUGAAGAAGAAAAAGGCAAGAGGUCUAAUAACUUAUAACUACGGUAGAGUUUAUAGCCACAUUGUGUCGGUUGCUGGUGUCACCUCAUCAUGAUUUUUGUUGCUCUUGUUGUGCGAGGGCAAAAACUUUUGCACAUUUCGUUGUCGAUCACCCGUUCAAGCCUCGGUGCUUUAUCAACAUAACAAAUCACACAUCCGGUGGAAACUUCAUCCCCGUACAUCGUGUCACCCUUGUCGUGUCAAAGGUCCUCGCCCUCUCUUGCCAUCUUCGACUAAAGUUCAGUGUUUCAGAAAGGCAUUACUGCUUUCGUUUAUCUGCGUUCUGCGCUGUCAGAGCGUUCAGCGUAUCAUAAUCUCUAGUCUCCAGUCGUUUAGACCUCCGUGAAUACGGCGCUCAGGUUUAACUGAGUUUUAAAAGUGUGUGGUAUCACGUCAGAAGUGUCACUCGGAUGUGGUGGUGCUCAUGCCUCCAGAAUUUGUUUUUUUUGUGCCUCUCAUCCCUCUUAUAUCCUUAACCUUUAGUGGCAAAGUACUCCUCAUGCAAAAUGAAAGGGGGAGAAAAAAACCCCCAAACUUGUCUUAACUGCAAUGUCCUUCCCUCUGUUCUGCCUUUUUAUACAUCUGUGUUUAUGUUACGUGUCUCCAAUUUAAAACAAGAAAAACAAAAAACAAUAGCUAAUAAUGACAUAUGACUUUGUAGUUCAAUUUGAUUGAGAUAUCCAUGAGAUUAAGUUAUGCAAUUCUACAUCGGAUUAUUAUUUUUCUGUUUGUGUGUGUGUUUUUAGUCAACAAUGCUCAUUCUCCUUAGUAACGUGCCUCAAACCAAGCCACUGCAUGCAGUUUCAACUAUGACAUUUGUACAAUGGAAAACUGAGCUUUAAUAAAGAUCUCAAUGUUGAAACUUA